AUUUUAAAAAGUUCUUUGCAGAAGAAUAUUUGACCAGAACUAGAGGAUCAUGAUGACAACAAGAUUCAUCUGUUUAAUGCUAAUAGCUGCUGUGGGAGCUACUGCGAGCAGAACACAGGAACUUGAUGGCAAUGAUGAGGAAACAGAACAAGAAUUCAUUUAUAUGAACAGAUAUAAGCGUUCCAGUGACACACAGGACAAAUGCACUUACACCUUUAUUGUACCUCAGCAGAGAGUGACAGGUGCCAUUUGUGUUAAUUCUAAGGAGCCUGAAGUUCUACUUGAAAACAGGGUAAAUAAACAAGAAUUACAGUUACUUAACAAUGAACUUCUUAAACAAAAGAGACAAAUAGAAACUCUCCAGCAACUGGUAGAGGUGGACGGUGGAAUUGUUAAUGAGGUUAAACUGUUAAGAAAAGAGAGCAGAAAUAUGAAUUCUCGUGUCACACAACUCUAUAUGCAGUUACUACAUGAAAUUAUCCGAAAACGUGACAACGCCUUAGAACUUUCUCAACUUGAGAAUAAGAUUUUGAACCAAACUGCAGAUAUGUUGCAACUUGCAAACAAAUACAAAGACUUAGAGCACAAGUACCAACAUUUGAUGUCAAUUGCCAACAAUCAGUCGUUAAUAAUUGCCCAACUGGAAGAACACUGUCAAAGAAUGCCAUCCAUAAAGCCACUGCCACAAACUCCACAACCACCAAAUAAAGUGUACCAGCCUCCUACUUACAAUCGCAUUAUUAACCAAAUAUCUACUAACGAGAUUCAGAGUGAUCAGAACUUAAAGGUUCUGCCACCUACCUUACCAACCAUGCCUGCAGUUACUAGUAUUCCGACUUCAACAGAUAAACCAUCUGGGCCCUGGAGAGACUGUCUACAAGCAUUAGAAGAUGGCCAUGAUACAAGCUCCAUCUACCUUGUAAAACCAGAAAACACGAACCGGCUUAUGCAGGUCUGGUGUGAUCAACGGCAUGACCCUGGUGGCUGGACAGUCAUCCAGAGACGGCUGGAUGGGUCUGUCAACUUUUUCAGGAACUGGGAGACAUACAAGCAAGGAUUUGGUAAUAUAGAUGGAGAAUAUUGGCUUGGAUUAGAAAAUAUUUAUUGGUUAACAAAUCAAGGCAACUACAAACUGCUGAUAACAAUGGAAGACUGGUCAGGUCGAAAAGUAUUUGCUGAAUAUGCUAGCUUCAGACUGGAGCCAGAAAGCGAAUACUACAAGUUGAGAUUGGGACGCUACAAUGGCAAUGCAGGAGAUUCUUUCACUUGGCACAACGGUAAACAGUUCACCACGCUGGACCGGGAUCAUGACGUAUACACAGGCAAUUGUGCUCAUUACCAGAAGGGAGGAUGGUGGUACAAUGCAUGUGCUCAUUCAAAUCUCAAUGGAGUUUGGUAUCGUGGAGGACACUACCGCAGUCGGUAUCAGGAUGGUGUUUACUGGGCUGAAUUCCGGGGAGGAUCUUAUUCACUAAAGAAAGUUGUUAUGAUGAUAAGACCUAAUCCCAACACAUUCCACUGAAAUAAUUCCCUUGGUUUGCUUUCUUGUUCCAAAAAUCACAUAAGGGUAUGAUGUUAUUAUCUGGAAUUAUCUUUACAAAAGUGAGGAAUGUAAGAUAUUGUACAUUUAUUGCUGAGAUGUGAGGGCUUGUAUAUUGUAUUUUCAAGAAUCACUCUAGGAAAAAAAAAGCAGAAAAAAAAGAAAAAGGAACUGAAACGGCAUAACAUUCAGAACACCUCUUGGUACUAAAAGUAAUUAUAUUAAGCCUUUUAGAACUGGCAGUUUAGAUGGACUGUAGAUAAACUUUCUGGGUUUUAUUCCCUGUAAAUUAAGUCUGGAUGGUAAAAAUACUGCCACAACAUUUAAAUAUUUUUGUAUGUUAUAUUAUGUAUAAAUAUUCUCAAAUACAGGAAAUAUUACAAACUGUACAGCAAGAGUUUUAUUAUUAUUAUUGUUGUUACAAGCAAUCAUCUGACACAGGAAAUCAUAUCCUUUGAACUGUGUAGCUGGUAUAUGUACAUUAGUGUGAGUAUUCUAAUUUAAUCUUUGUUAACUAACAUGAACAAAGUUAGUACUA